ACGAAUAAUCUGUAAUAAACGGGUUUGAUUGUUUAUUUUCAGGUUUAGUAAAUGCGCGCGUGUUGUGAAGCUUUAUGGCUGGAUUAGAGUGAAUCAUCUUUAGCUAGGCUAGCGAGCGUUACAACGGGUAUGCCUGGUACUAACAGGAGGCCUGAACUGCGUUGUUAAAUCGUUUAAAUAAAAAAGAAAAACACAGUUUUUGUGUCGCAAUGGAGGAAAUUCUAAGAAAGCUUCAGAAGGACGCAUCUGGGAAUAAAUACAAAGCUAUUCGUGAUGCUUGCGGCGUGGCGUAUGAAACCCUGAAUGCUCAAAAUGGAUCGAUCAGAAUGUCACCCUCUAAGCUCAGGGAGAGAUGCCUCUACCCACUUCAGCUCGCUCUGGAGUCCAAAAACCCCAAGCUGGCACAAACUGCUCUUGCAGGAAUGCAGAAGAUUCUGUGUGAGGAUCGCUUUGUUGCCGUGGAAUCAGAAGUGCCAGAAAAGCAGCUGUUGAAUCAAAUGCUGGAGGUUGUAAGCGUGACGCCCUCCCUUCACGAAGACUUGCAGGUUGAGGUCAUGAAGGUUUUGUUGUGUGUCACCUACUCCUCCAGCUUUGAGAUGACUGGAAACAACAUUUUAAAAAUUGCUGAGCUGUGUAUUCAGAUCUACACACCGAGCUGCCAUCAGCGCAGCAUUAACACUGCAGUGAGAGCUACACUCAGUCAGAUACUAGGGGAUCUCACUCUUCAACUGCACCACAGAAAGGACGGCUCGACUGCAGAUGGACUGGAGUCUUCGGUGCCAACAUACCAGCGCAAAGGUACAGAGAUGGUGGCUCAGAAGCAGCUGUGUCCAGUUCUGGUGGUGAUUAUGGGAAACCCUGUCAAUGACAAGACCAUCACUUCAGCUCAUGGUACUCCAUCACAGGAGGUGGAUGCCACGUCCGGCCCAGGGGUGAGCGAUCAGGGCCGGGGUUCUGGCUGUUCUUCCAGUGCCCCCGCCAUGAUCGGACCCGUGAUCCGCACCAUCUGCUACAUUGCAGCCGAGCUGGUGCGUCUCGUAAGCUGUGUGGAAUCCAUGAAGCCUGUGCUGCAGUCUUUAUACCACCGCAUGCUGCUCUACCCGCCACCACAGCACAGAGUGGAGGCCAUGAAGAUCAUGAAAGAGAUACUUGGAAGUCCACAGCGCUUGUUUGAUCUGGCUGGCCCAUGUGUGCUUGAGCCUGAGCCCAGGAAGAGAUCCUUCACUAAGAGGAAAUCGUAUCUUGACCUGUUUAAGUUGGUGAUGGAUGGCAUGACUGAGGCUUGCAUAAAGGGUGGCGUUGAGGCCUGCUAUUCCUCUGUUUCUUGCGCCUGUGCUCUUCUUGCUGCCCUGGAUGAGCUCAGCCAGGGAAGAGGAUUACAGAUGGACCAGGCACAGCUUUUGCUCCGUCGCUUAGACGAUUUGAAAGAGGGGGCAGAGUUGGAGCUAAACGAGGCUGACUUUUGGAGGCAGCGGCACGUUCUGUCAUCUGAGCGAGCUGCCUGGGAGGCUGGCCUUUCUCAAUGCAGCCCAGAUAUCAGUAUCAGCGUCACUACCGACACAGGACAAACGACUUUGGAAGGGGGUUUGGGCAGAACCACUCCAGAAGAUCGCAUGGAUGAUGCACACCUACCUUCACCAUCCUUUUGUGGGGGCGCAGCAGGGGAGAGUGGCGCUCCACCGGAUGUGGUUCAGCGCAGCCAUGCCCUGGCCUACCCUGACCUGACUAACUUCCUGUCAGUAGAGUCCCGCACACGUUCACAUGGCUCACGCUACAGCGAGAGCAACUUCAGCGUCGAUGAGCAGGAGCUCUCGCGCACAGAAUUCGACUCAUGCGAUCAGUUCUCCACUGCUGCUGAGAAAGACUCUGGGCGGUCGGAUGUCUCUGAUGUGGGCUCGGACAACGGCUCGUUGGCUGACGAUGAGCAGACCCUGAGGCAAGGCCCCGCCCACUGUUCACUACACACCGCUGCGCUCUCACUUAAGCUGCUCAAGAAUCAAGAAGCAGACCAACAAAGUGCACGCCUGUUCGUCCAGUCACUGGCUGCACUUCUACCACGUCUACUCGUCCUGCAAUGCCCCACUGAUGUGGAUGUAGCACUUCAGAACUUCUCCUCCACAUUCUGCUCAGGCUUGCAAGCAGGGGGCAUGCAUUCUCCUGGCUUUGAGGCGAGUGAGAAUUUAAGCUGCCAGGCUCUGAUGAAUGCAGAUGGACUAUACUUGGUGUCUUACUACGCUCUGCUGCUCAACCUCAAACUGUGCACUUGUGACUUCUACCAACAGAAAGUAACUCCUCAUCUUGUCACUCUGAAAGAGUUUGUGCAUCAGAUCCAAAGCAGUGGUGUGCUGGUGGUGCUCUCUCAGGCUUGGAUAGAAGAACUCUUCCACCAAGUGAUAGAGAGGAACCUGCUGGCCGAGGCUGGCUAUUCAGGCUCUCCAGAGGACCACUCACUUCCACUCAUCACUAUGCUCACAGACAUAGACGGCCUUGGCAGCAGUGCUAUUGGAGGUCAGCUGAUCAGACGCGCCACCUCACAGUCUCCUUUUACAAGUGAUAAUACCAACAACGACACUGUGUUGGCAGGUACAGUGUUUGCUCGCUAUAUUCUGAUUGGCUGCUGGAAGAACCUUAUUGACGUAUUGUCCACUCCGCUGACGGGUCGGAUGGCAGGCAACUCACGAGCUCUGGCCUUCAUCAUAGGGGCUGAUGGAGCUAAAGUUCAGAAUCAGAGGGAAAGAGACACUAUCUGCCUCAGCCUGGAUGGUCUGCGUAAGGCUGCCGCACUCAGCUGCGCUCUGGGCGUGGCUGCAAAUUGUGCAUCAGCCGUAGCUCAGAUGGCAGCAGCUUCCUGUGUUCCAGAGGAGAAAGAGGAGAAGGAACUGGUUGUGGUUGGAGAUGCUAUUACUCAAGUUAAACAGAGAAUGGAGCAGAAACUGGAGCAGAUAGGUCGUUAUCAGGGAGUGAAGCUGCACACUGCACACAUGCUCUGCAUGGACGCCAUCCUGAAUGUGGGUUUAGAGAUGGGAAGCCACAAUCAUGACUGCUGGCCGCAUGUCUUCAGAGUGGUGGAGUAUGUGAGCUCUCUGGAGCACAGCCACUUCAGUGAUGGAAGUUCUCAGCCUCCUUUGGCCAUUACUCAGACCCAACAGGCUUCAUCGGUGAUGGGGAAUCCGGAGCUGAGCACUGAGUCUAGUCCUGAGCUGGAACUAAGCCUGAGUCACCCAGUCAUCCAGCCUCUCACUAUCCAGGAACUGUUGCGUGAUAACAGCCAAGCAAAAAAUUCUGACCUGCGGAGUGGCGGUCUACUCACAGGAACCAGUGCUGCUAAAGCUGUCUGCACACUCUCCACACAGGCGGACAGGCUGUUUGAAGAUGCAGUGAGCAAACUUAACCUUGUGAGUCUAGUGGGUUUCCUGCACCAACUGAGAAAAGCCUCCCAAUCCCAGCUGUUCAACUCGGACACCGAAACAGGGGACUACUCUUUAGCCAUACCAGGGGAGGCGAAGUCAACGCAGGACAAGCGCACUGCUCUUCAUCUCUUCAGGCUGGGUGAGGCCAUGCUUCGUAUCGUACGCAACAAGAGUCGACCACUUCUGCACAUGAUGAGAGCCUGGAGUGUGGUGGCUCCUCAUCUGGUGGAGGCUGCAUGUCAUAAAGAACGCCAUGUAUCCCAAAAGGCUGUGUCAUUCAUCCAUGAUGUACUGAUGGAGGUACUGAGCAGUUGGGCCGAACUGUCUCACUUUCACUUUAACGAGGCGCUGUUCCGGCCCUUCGAACAUAUCAUGCAGCUGGAGCUCUGUGACGAAGAUGUACAGGACCAGCUGUUCAGAGAAAUGGACUAUAAGCAGAUAGGAGACUGUGUUCAUGCAAAUGGAUUCAGUUCAACAGACCUGUGCCUUCCAGCCUUGGAUUAUUUAAGAAAGUGCUCACAGCUGCUUGCCAAAAUCUACAAGAUGCCUUUAAAGCCAGUGUUUUUGGGUGCACGGUUGGCCAGCCUGCCCAUGAGAGCCCAGGAGCGCUCUGUAAUCAGUGAUGAUGGAAUGGACUGCGUUCUGUCCGAGUUUGAUGAUGACACAGAUAUGGGCUAUGAGAGUCUUAUUAACCUGAUGCUGAAGGACUUAUUUAAGCUGUUGGUGGCUUGUGUGGCUGAGCCUGCAGAGACCAUCUCCAGAGUGGGCUGUUCCUGUAUCAGGUAUGUGCUGGUGACAGCGGGGCCUGUGUUUACAGAGGAGAUGUGGAGGCUGGCCUGUUGUGCCCUACAAGAUGCCUUUUCAGCUACUCUUGAAGCUGUCAAGAACCUACUUGCUUGUUUUCGGAGUGGUUCUGACACUUUCACGGGGGAUGCAUGUGAGGUGAAAGUAGCAGCUCCAACACACUCUGCUUCUGCAGAGGCAGAGUACUUGAGGAUUCGGGCCAUGGCACAACAGGUCUUUAUGUUGGAUACUCAGUGCUCCCCCAAGACUCCCAACAGUAAAGAAGGAUUUGAGCAUGCUCAGUCCUGUGUUCUGAUCAUUGAACUUCCUGCAGACCAGCAGUCCAAUGGCCACACUCAGAAACGGAAAAUUGGGAUUCCAUUCCGGACCAUUGUGGUGAGUCUGCUGUCCCACCAGGUGCUGCUGCAGAAUCUUUAUGACAUCUUGCUAGAAGAGUUUGUCAAAGGCUCGGGCAGCGCAGAUGUGCACGAUCGACUAACACCUGUCUCCGAGCCCAAAGCUGUUGGUUUUCUGCGCUACAUUUCCAUGCAAAACCUGGCCAUCAUCCUGGACUUACUCCUGGAGUCCUACCGCACCGCACGAGACUUUGACACCAGGCCUGGACUGAAAUAUCUCCUUAUGAAGGUGUCAGGGGUGUGUGGAGCUGCUAAUCUCUAUCGUCAAUCUGCAAUGAGCUUCAACAUUUUUAUUGAUGUUUUCUGGUAUUUCCAGGCUGUUCUGUGUGCCAUGCUGACCAACCAGGAGCAGAUCACUGUGGAUCAGGUGAAGAAGAUCCUCAGUGAAGAGGAGGAGGACGAUUCAUCACAAGCAUGCUCAUCUGAGGAUGAGGACAUAUUCGAUGAGACGGCAAGGGUGAGCCCUCCUCGCCGUUGGCGUACCCGCAUGUCUGGUCUGAGCACACAGCCCGUCAGUGGCACAGACUGGGCAUGGCUGCUCAAACGCAUGCACAAGGUCUGCAUGGACCUUUGCACAAACUACAUCCAGAUGCACCUGGACAUGGAAAGCAGCACAGAGGAAUUACCUUCCACUAUCCGGACAGACUCCUUGUUCUUCUUGCCUCUCUUUCCCUCCGAGAGCUCCACCCCUUCUACAGGCGGCCAUUCGGGACAUGGUACACCGUUGGAGGACUGCAGCCCCCGCCUCUAUGUGCCCAGUGUGCCCUCUUUUGAAGAGGAGGAGAGAAGGAGGAAAAAGGAGUGGUGGGAGAAUGCUGGCAACAAGCUCUACACUAUUGCCACUGACAAGACCAUCGCCAAGCUCAUGAUGGAGUACAAGAAACGCAAGCAGCAUCAACAACAGCAGCAGCAUCACAGCUCACUAACCAAGAAAACGGGGGAGAGAAUGACACCAGAAUCACCUGCGCCACAAAGACCCCAGUUGCUGGUUGAUCAGAGGACCAUGAGGCACUCAUUCAGCGCUGGCCCAGAGUUACUACGCCAGGACAAGAGACCUCGCUCAGGCUCUACAGCCAGCUCUCAUAACAUCUCUAUUAGAGACUCGGAGGCUCAGAUUCAAGCAUGGACCAACAUGGUCCUCACAAUGCUCAACCAAAUCCAGUCGUUGCCAGAUGCCACCUUUGUGGCCCUGCAGCCAGCAGUAUUUCCCUGCAUCAGUCAGCUGACGUGUCAUGUGAUCGAUCUCCGAGUGCGUCAAGCAGUGCGAGAGUGGCUGGGACGCGUGGGAAGAGUUUAUGAUAUCGUCCUGUGAGAAGCUUGUAUUUAUUCAAGUUUCUAGUGUACAUCGUUUUUUUGUCGACCCAUAUGAUUGUAAUCCAUUUCCUUUCUUGUAAUAUGACUUGGAAUGUGAUUUUCUUUCUUGUAUUGAGCUUAUUUAUUGCUGUACUCUACUGUAAUCUUUGUAUUCUGUGAUCCUAUUUAUCUGAAUGCUUUGCAGAACAUAUCUAUAUUGCCAUGUUUCCUUUAAAAAAACCAACUCCUCUAUCGAUUUAUGAAGGGCACAAGACCUAUAUCGACACAGCUAAUAGCUGAAUAAAUCUGCCAAAGUGUAUCAAUAGUCUUAAUUAUUACAGUUAACACAGUCAAACCAUUAUUUUUGGGUUAAUAUGGCUACCAGGAAUACACAAUUUGACAGCCAUUCCUGUACUAGCAAAUUUAGUUUUUUUACUGCACAUGAUUCCAUGUUCCUCAACAAAUUUUUUAUAUUAAUUUAGGAGUCACACUGUACAUGCCUGAAUCUGUGCUUGCAGUAGUGUAUGUAUAUUAUGCCUGGUUUUAUUGGUUACAGGGUGAUUGGCUUUUUCUUUUCAUCUGUCGUA